CAGCGCGACGGCUGCCGCGAGCUGCUGGAGUUGCUCGAGACCGACGACCUAAUGGCCUUAGCGGACACGGUAACCAACCGCCUCGUGAAGCCCGAUGACCGCCAAGAAGCCAUACUUGCCAUCUUAUUGUAUAGCCAAAGUGCUGAAGAGCUGCUGAAGAGAAAGAAGGUAUUUCGUGAUACAAUCUUCAAGUAUUUGGCAACAAAAGGAAUUAUAAUGCCUCCUUCUUCUGAGAAGCACCAGCUUGUUGAGCGUGCAAAGCAUUAUUGGUGUGAGCAGCAGAAAGAUUGUGCCUCAGAGCAAAAAUAUGCUAAGCCCGAUGUAUUGAGUACUGAAGAGAGAAGGAAACAAGAAGACGACAAAGAAAACAAUGAAGAGUGUCACAGUCUGGGAGAAGAGUUUUGUCAAUGGUUUUUUGGAAUGUUGAACUCUCAGAACCCACAGUUUGGACAGCCACUCGAAGAAUGGGGGCCACAACACUUUUGGGAUGAUGUAAAACUGAAGUUUUGUUAUAAUGCUUCAAAACAAAACAUAGAAGAGUAUGUGGGUGCUGAAUUAGUCAGCCUUCGCUUAUUGUCCUUAGUGAAAGAAGAAUUCCUUUUCCUGAAUCCCAACCUAGAUGCUGGUGGUUUAAAGUGUGCAGUUUCAAAAUACGGGUUAGUAGUUGUGGCAGUAGCCGGCACAGUUCAUAGAAAUACUUGCUGUUUGGGCGUAUUUGAACAAAUUUUUGGACUGAUCCGCUGCCCAUUUCGGGAGAACACCUGGAAAAUUAAAGUUACACAGCUAAACAUUGUUGGUCAGAAUGCCAUGGAACCUGGGACCCAAGUAGAAAGACCUUGUAUAAAAUAUGAGCAGGAAGAACUUCAGGAAUUCUGUGUGUCUAAGGAGCUUGCCUUGGUUGAGCCUCAAAAAUUCUGAGUACUCUUUGUUUGCAAAACCAAGGGGAGAGUUUGUGAUGUUGGAGAAGAAAAGGCACAUGAACAUACUUGAGCAUUCAGUUAAGUUGUCUGCUUGUGUUCCUUGAGUCAGGAUUUCUUGUUGGGUGAUAAACCAAAGAAUUACCUAAAUUAGGGAUUGGCAGCUGGUGAUUGCUGGGCUCACUCUGUUUCCUAAAGUGACUUGAUAUUCUUGCUUGAUAAUUGAGAAGAGAAGUGAGCAGAUGCUGAGUUCUUUCCAUCUUACCACUCAUUUUUACCCCACAGUGAGAAAGUGGGGAGGUAGAUGAAAGGAAGGGAGCACAGAGAGUGAAAACACAAAGCUGGGGAAAUAAUAUCACUAUUUUCUUGCUUGUUAGUGGCUUCCACAUCUUCUCUUCAAGGUGAGAGGAAUCUGAGAGAAGAUGGAUCUGUAGCAGCACAGGGUAAAUUGUGGCUCUCCAGAUGUUGUUGGGGUGCAACUCCCAUCAGUCCUAGUCUUCAUAGCCAGUGAUGAGGGACUGUGGGAGAUGCAGCUGAACUGGAUCUGGAAGAGCACAAAUAGCCCACCUAACCUAUGAGGGAUGCAAUACAACUUCUUGCCAAAUAUGGUGUAAAAACCCUUGGUUACUGUUUUUGUGAGGUAUCUUUUCUUAUACAGUUUGUCUUUCACUGUAAAGAUGCACCAGUAGUUGGAAAGCCAGCACUAAUGCAUUAACGCUAGGUAAAAAUUAUGUUUCUGUUGCUUAUUUUUAAUAUACACUUGUCACUUAACUUUUUUUUUAAUGAAGAAACUAGAGUUAAAACUGCUGUUCAUUUCAAUGCAGUUGGUAACUAUAUGUAAAGGUUACGUUAAAGAAUAGUUAUGUAAAAUUUCUUGCAUAUCCUAAAUCUCAGGAUUGUACAAAACAAAGCAUUUUUUAUUUGUAAAUGGUGGUUUAAUUUUUAGGUGAUGCUUUAAUUUGUAGAUAAUGCUGUGUUAGCGACUUCUAGAAGCUAGACAAAAGUAUUGAAGAGUCUAUGGUACAAUGAAGUUAAAAUCCUAUUGGUGGUUGUGUAAAUUUUGUUUGCAUAACUUGCUGCGGGUAAUAACUGGGACAUGUCUUAGUUAAGGUUCUUGGUCAUCCAGUGCUUAACAUGAACACGAGUGGAAUUCUGACCAGUAUAUUUAAUUUAUGAAUAGACUUAUAACUGCAGCACUAAACUUUUAGAAGCCUUCAUCUUUCAGAAGCUUUGAAACAGAUAAAUUUCACUCUUCUGCAGUGAAAUGUUUUGAAAUUGUUUAACUGGCUUCGUUUCAUAAUUGGUCAGACAUAAACCACUUCUUCGUGUGGUAACCCCCCCAUAAAAUAUGUGUAGAAGAAAAGGCCUGAUUUUUAAGUGAUUCACUUUUUAAAGGUUGGUUCUUCAGUCCCCCGUCCCCCCCAAAAUGAUAGCAUUUGAAAGUUCUGAAGGUCUUGGAAUUUUCUGAGCUGUGGGGUUUUUUUAAAUUGUUUAUCAAUGAAAGCUAUCCUGCAAACAAAGAAAAAUGGCUAUAUAAACAUUAUAUAUAUAUAUAUAUUGAGAACUUAAAAACAUUAUUUCAUGAAUAAGAUGGACUUAUUUUAUUAAGUUGGUACAGUCAACAGAUCUGUAAUUGUCCUUUGCUACCCUGUCACUCUGGCUUCUAAAAAGGAUUGGGCCUAGCUACUAGUUAGGAAAACCAUAUUCUGUAUUGAGGAGGGAUAGAUAAAGUCAUAAGAGUACAGCCAUAGGUUCCAUCCUUGAUAUCUCCAAAGAGGGCUUGGGAGAAAUCCUGCCUGAAACUCAGGUAUGCUAUUGCCAACUAGAGUUGGCAGUAGAAGAUUAUACAUUCAUCAGUGAUCGGUGUCUAUAUGUUCCUUUCAGCCAACAAUAAACUUCGUGACCUCUGUGGUUAUCUUAAUUCUAUUUAAAA